AUGGGUACGCCACUUGAUGUGUCCUUUUUGGAUACCGAUCAGACGAUUAUUGGAAGUUAUCUUGACGUAGGAAUUCUUGCAUAUGACGGCAAAAAUUUACAUUUGCUUUCCGGGUUUCGCUUAAAUGUGGAAGGAAGGAUAGUCUUCACUCGAAAUGUGGAUUUACUACUGCAACCAAGUUUACCGGCAAACAUAAAGUUUAACAGUAUAAUAUCGAAUGAAAUCGGAAGUCGAGUUGCUUUAGUAGGAAGCGGAGAUGUUUUUAUUGUUGAGAUGCCAAAUGAUAUUUGGGGUCGUAUUUCGCCAUAUUAUCCCAUUAUUGGAGAGCACGUUCUUCCAAGUUACUACUGCAAAUGUGCGCUGUUGGGCAGUAGCAUUCAGUCAGGUGCUCGCUCUUACGAUAUAUUAAAGGUUCAGUGGUACAUUAAAGAAUACGAUGAAACAGGACCAAAAAUUAACAAAAUAGCUUUACUUUAUGGAAACAACGUUAUCAGAAUGUUUGAUACGGCUGGUACACUAGAUGUCCCCCUCCUGAAAAUCGACUUGAGUCCUUCCGUUACGGAGCUCCAUCCUGAAUUGUCUUUCCAAAAUAGCUUUGGCCUUCGUAAUAACAUAGUUUCUUUCGACUUUGGUCCUGUUAUUGAAAUUGAACUUGAAGACGGCGCAUUUAACACAAUAUUCGCAAUAGAUUAUCUUUUACGGUGGACUUUUAUUGUGAAAAGCACGGUUCAAAGCACCAAAAGAUUGGUUUGUAGAGUUCUUCCUACUUCUGGUCCAUUUCAACUUUCACCACUGAAUUCCGAAUUAUGUGAUUUUGCUUAUGUCCGCCAUUGUUCUGGCAGUAAUCUUCCAAUAUUUUCCCUUAUUUCAAAUACUGGUGUAUUGUGUCACUACGUUUCAUUACCGUCAAGUGAGGUUUUUGUUGAGAAUCAAAUUGAUUUCACUUUUUUGGUUUACGACACUAUUCAGCUUGUCAGAGAAAGCAGUUCCUUUUCCUCUUUCAAAUUUAUUGUUGAUUGUUGGGGAUCUGGUCAUUAUUUUGUGAUUGGGAAGUGUAAUGCCUAUUUGAUUGAUAUCACUCCUUGGCUUAAUGUUAUAAUAAAUUCGUAUAAUUCUGGUACAAGUGUGGAAAACAGUGACAUGAAAGAAACGUCGGUUAACCACAUUUUUUCCGUCCUAAACGGAGAGUCAAAGAGCAGUAAUCCUGAAAGAGUUUUUAUAACGACCGUAGCGUCUUCCUUUAUGAAGGCUGAUGACGUUCACUGUAUAGAUUCUCCUGAAGGAGAUGCAACUUGCGAGAAGAGAAUAAUUGUUGCUGUCGCCACAGAGGACGGGAUGAUACUUACUAAAGUAAUUCUAUAUCAGCUGCCGAUUAGCGCUCCUCCUUCAAAAGUAAAGCUACCUCUUUCAUAUCCUCAAUCUCAGUCUUUGCUUGAGAAGGUCAAAAGUCUUUUUGUUAGUCAACCAUCGAUUCCAAAGUUGAGAUUGGUCAAAUCGAUGUCUGAAGAAGAGGCUCUCACCACAGUUAUCACAGUUAUUGACCGACUGGUCGAAAGACUGUCUUUGAUUAAAUCUGCUUAUGCUAUAGUCCAAUCAAGUGUUAGCAAUGCUCUAGAGGAGUCGGAGAAGCUAAGUAAGAAACAACUAAGCCACAAUGAGCGUUUGCUUGAAAUCGUUAGUGAGUUUACUUCUAUGAAAACCCAGAUUUAUGCGAUACGUGAAGAAGUUAGCAAGGGAAAAAUGAAAAUUGAUCAAGUAUGUAGUUUAUUAGCAUCACGUAUGUUCCCGUUAAGUGAGGCUGAAAUAGCAAUGCAGGGAACACUGGAGGAUUUGCAAACUUCUCUUAAAGGACUCAAGGAACAAAUUCCUUUGUUGGCAAAUCAGGUUGCUGCCGAGAGACGACGGAGGUUUGGUGUGACAAGGUCGUUUCAUUCUUCAAUUAAUGCUAAGAAGUUUAUGUUGUCAAAAAGCUCUAAUGAAAUUGAUAGUAUUAUCACAUGGGUGAAACUGUUGCAUAAAAAAAUCGAUCGCCUGGCAGAAAAAGCGGGGUCUGAACAACUUAAUAGGGAGCUUCAAAGCAGAAGUUUGGAAAAUUCCGCGGUACUGCAAACGCGAAAUCUCAAUAAGGAAGCUGAAUAA